CCGCUCCUCUGUCUGAUCUAGGGUUUUUAGAGCCAGGGUUUUUCGAAGUUGUCUUCUUCUAUACUUAGAUUUCGGUUCAAAUUCUGGCCGCCAAAUUUGGGGAAAAUAUUGAAGAAGUUUCAACAUGAGCCCUAAUUCCCAACUAGAAUCAACUACAAUGAAAUAGCAUAACGAUUAUUUGAAAAUGGCGUUCUCGUUUACGCCACAGCAACAACCACAACCACAACAGUCACCGUUCCGACUUCAGCCCCAACAGCAAUCUCCUUUUUCACAGAUCAGUCCGUUCUCUCAGCCCCAACCACUACAGCAACCGCAGUUACAGCAAUAUCAACAACAACAGCAGCAGCAAUUUCAACAACAACAGCAGCAGCAAUUUCAACAACAGCAACAACAACAGCAACAUCAGCUUUAUCUUUUCACAAACGAUAAAGCUCCGGCGACUUACAGCACCAAAUGGGCCGAUCUCCAUCCCGACUCUCAGAAACUGCUCCUGCAAAUCGAGGAGAGAAUUCUGGGGUAUAGAGACGAAAGCCAGCGGUUGGAUCAGAGUAGCCGGCUCUAUGAUUCCUCGGUCUCCAAUGAUGUGUUCGAGUUUGAUGCGAGCCACAUUGUUCAGGAACUUGGUGGAAUUAGUACUGCAGUGGAUCGGCAAAAGGCUCUUCUGCAAGAGUUAAUGGCUAAUGUGAAAGAUAUGCUACGCAACACAGAAGUUGCUGUUCGUUCUUUCAUGAUGUUACGCCCAAGGUUUCAUCAUCCAAAUGCUGCUGCUGUGUCCAAUGCCACUGCAUCAUCACAGGCUUCAGGAGCAAUAGUGCCUCCAAGUGCAAGUAGUCAACCAAGUGCUGCCACUAUAGUUCCAGUUUUUGAUUUCUAUAGUGGGAUUCCUAGGAAACCAUCUCCUUUUCUGCAGCAAACAGUUGCCAGGUUUGAGAAGUAUCUUGGUGAGUGUCGCCAAUGGAUUGAAGAGUUAGAGCAAUUGCUCCUUUUAGAUUCUGACAGGAAUUCUGUCAACUCCAGCUCCUCAUUAUUGCAGUCGCUUCCCAAAGUCAUGUCAAAUGUGCAUGACUUUUUUGUUCACGUGGCAGCAAAGGUGGAGAGCAUUCAUCAACACAUUGAAUCCAUGAAAACAGCAUACCUUGCUGACCAGCGCCGUCGUGGAGAAGGGAACGAUCCCUUUCUUGAGGCCAAUAGACGGGAAACGGCCAAACAAGAAGCCGCUGAUCGGAGGGUACAUCCAACUUUGCAUUUGCCCGCAAUCUCGCAACCAUCGAGUCAAGUUCCUGGCACGUUUGCCAGCUCGGCAACACCUGUGGCAUCAACUGUGUCACACACAUCUGCUGCAGUUCUACCGGCUUCAUCAGGGACUGGGUUGUCACUUUUUGGUACUCCAUCCGCUUCCACAUCAUCAUCUUCUCUGUUCUCAACUCCCACCACUUCUGCUCCAGUGUCCUUAUUUGGCUCAUCUGGUGCUUCUCCACAAACUUCACUUUUUGGUUCCUUGUCCACUUCAAAUCCUGCCUUUGGUAGUACUGCCCCAUUAUUUGGUUCAGCCCUUUCUGCUGGAGUUUCAACAUUUGCAACGCCAUUUGCUUCAGGUACCUUCCUAAUAUUAGUUCUUCAUAAGCAUCAGACUGCUGCUACCUGA